UCUCAAACCAACUAAAAUUUUAACAAACCAACUAAAUUUCAGAUGAUAUUCUGUUAUUCUCCUUCUGUUAUUGCGAUCAAAUUGCAAAUAUUAGUGCAGGAUCAAUCCACCGGCAGACAAGCGCCAAAUAGUGCAACCGAGUACUGGCAUGAUUUGGGAGAAGGGUGUUGCGGCAUUUGGGGAGUCCCCUGAGGAUCUGAAGGGCAAGCGGGUUCAACUUCCAACAUAUCCUCAAUUUUUACCACUUGUUACUUAUGGUUUUUAUGCGGAGUUUCGCUCACGAGUUAUUUUCAACCGAACAGUGUGGAGAGAUGCUGAGAAAGUGUUCAAUGGUCUGAACAAACUGAACAAUUGCUGGACACAGACUGGCUGCACUGUUGUGUAUGUGCACAUGAGAAUGGGAGACUACAAGUACCAUCUCAACGCUCUCCAGUGGGACUGCGACGUGUUCGAGAAAACAAACUAUCUCCAGGAUGCCUUCAAAAAAGUAGCCACCCUCUACAAGAAGCCAAUGUUCUACAUCGUUGGCUACUCAGACAAAGACGUAGACAAUUUCUUCCACACGCACAAAGAAGAAUUCAGUCCAUACCAUUAUAAGCUAGUUGCACCAUACGAGCGAGAAAUGCUGCCCCACAGAAGAACAAAAUCAUACCAAGAUUUCGACCUUGAAGGUAUUGAUUUGGCUUUACUUGCGAUGAGUGAAGUUCUGAUUUUAUCGUACGGAAGCUACGGAGAUUUCGGCGCUCUUUUGGGCAGAGACAAAAAGCAUGUGUUGUAUCCUGGGAAGCACAAAGCACACGAUGAAACGGGUGUGAACUUGGGUCUUCCUCACUUUCUUCCUAUACCAUGGAACAUCACAGAAACAGAACGAACAAAAUGAUAUAAAAUAGCUUUAUACUCUUUCCCUAAAAAUACGUUUGCUGCUGAUAUAUCGUUUCUAUAUUCAAUUUUACUCGUAUUUACGAAAAACUA